CGCCCUCAUCCCAAAGCAUUCCCGUGCCAGGCGAGACGGAUCCAAAGGCCGCGGCGCCGGCAGCACUGCGGAGGGGAAUCGGGACAGGGAAGUGUCGGGCACUGGUGAGGCUGUGAGCACCCGUUCCAUCCCUGCUGCGCGCGCCCGCUGUCAGCGGGUCCUGGGCACCACGCAAAGAUGACCACCUCGGCCCUGCGCCGGCAGGUGAAGAACAUCGUGCAUAACUAUUCAGAGGCGGAGAUCAAGGUGCGAGAGGCCACCUCCAAUGACCCCUGGGGACCCCCCAGCUCCCUGAUGUCGGAGAUCGCGGACCUCACCUUCAACACGGUGGCCUUUGCCGAGGUCAUGGGGAUGAUCUGGCGACGGCUGAACGACAGCGGCAAGAACUGGAGGCACGUGUACAAAGCCCUCACCCUGCUGGACUACCUCAUCAAAACCGGCUCCGAGAAGGUGACCCACCAGUGCCGGGAGAACCUUUACACCAUCCAGACGCUGAAGGACUUCCAGUACGUGGAUCGUGACGGCAAGGACCAGGGCAUCAACAUCCGGGAGAAGGUGAAGCAGGUGAUGGCGCUGCUGAAGGACGAGGAGCGGCUGAAGCAGGAGCGGGCGCACGCGCUGCAGACGAAGGAGCGCAUGGCCCUGGAGGGGAUGGGCAGCGGCAGCCAUCAGUCCACCUACGGCCGCCGCGCAUCGCCCUACGGGGACGACUAUGGCCGGACGCGGGGCUCACCCUCCUCCUUCAACUCAUCUUCCUCAUCCCCACGGUUCGCCUCUGACCUGGAGCAAGCACGUCCCCAGACAACGGGUGAGGAGGAGCUGCAGCUGCAGCUCGCCCUGGCAAUGAGUCGGGAGGAGGCUGAGAAGAAGCCACUUCCUCCAAUUUCCAGUACAGAUGAAGAAAGGCAAUUGCAGCUAGCGCUCGCGCUGAGCAAAGAGGAGCAUGAGAAGGAGGUGAGGGCAUGGCAAGGGGAGAACUCCCUGCUGCAGAGAGCCUUGGAGGAGACUGCCCAAGGUGGGGAGGAAGAGCAGGAAGAGGAUAAGAUGAAGAAAAGCCAGUCCUCUAUCCUGGAGCUGGCAGAUAUAUUCGGGCCGGCACCAGCUCCUUCCAGCCACACGUCUGCUGACCCAUGGGACAUGCCAGAUAUGAAACCCAAAGCGGAGCCAGCAGCCUGGACUGGCACAGCAGACCCCUGGGUGCCAGUGCUAUCCAGCAGUGGGGAGCCCAUGCCCCAGGCAGGCACUACAUCCCAGCAAACAGCUGCUGGGCCCUGGGAUUUCCCCCCUGCCUCUGCUGACCCAUGGGGGAAGGCAGCCGCCUCGUCUGGCUUCACCCCUGCAGACCCUUGGACAGCCACGUCCCCACCGGCCCAGGGCUCCGGCACUACGCCAGCCACUGACCCCUGGGCUGCUGUGGCUGAGCCUAACCCUAACCCUGCUUCAGGGGGGGAUGCUUUCGACCUGUUUGCAAAGCAACCCGAGGCAGCUGAGCAGCCGGAGAUGGAGCAUUCGCAGCCGCCCUCCUCGGUGAAGUCCAGCAGCCCCGCCGAGCUGGACCCUUUUGGCGACCUGUUCCCCGGCACCAAGCAGGACCCGGCCAAGAGCUUUGACCUCGCGAACCUGGCCGACUCGCUGCCCGAAUCCUGCAAGGAGCGGAAGGACUGUAAAACCCCCGAGGCUUUCCUCGGCCCCGCCGCCUCCUCGCUGGUCAACCUGGACUCGCUGGUGGCACCGCCGCAGGCCGCCAAGACCCGCAACCCCUUCCUGUCGGGUCUCAGCACGCCGUCCCCCACCAACCCCUUCAGCCUGGCCGAGCAGCCCAAGCCCACGCUCAACCAGAUGCGGACCGGCUCCCCGGUGCCCGGCCUGCCCGCCGCCCUGCCCGCCAACGCCAUGACCUACAGCGCGUCUCUGCCGCUGCCGCUCAGCAGCGUCCCCGCCGCCCUGCCCGCCUCCGCCAGUGCCUUCCCGCAGGCGGGGGCCGGGCCGUUCCCCGAGCUGCCCGGCGCUUUGCCGCAGCCUCUGCUGCCGCUGAGCGGCCCCCCGGCCCCCCAGGGAGGGCUCAACCCCUUCCUCUGAGGGCUGCGGGCCGGC